GACAUCAUGCCGAAAAGCGGUCGCGCAAUGCAUUCUGAGCAGUCAGAUAUAUGGGCAUUCGGUAUGACCAUUUACGAACUUUUGACGAGGAAGAGACCAUAUUACCAUCUUGUCUGUGAUCCACAAGUUAUAACUUCUAUUAUCUGUGGCGAACUUCCUAGGAGACCCAAUCAUCACAGAGCUGGUGGGGAAAGUAUGGCAAUUUGUGGAGUAUAUGUGAGGCGUGUUGGUUAGCGGAUCCGAAUAAACGUCCAUCAGCAGCUGGGAUCGCUUCAAUUCUCAAGGCGCUAAACACCUACACGAUCCAGGGCGAAUUGGAGCCAAAUCCCAACCACGAUGUGUAUUCGCCUAAUCCACCCAAACGUAUGGAAACGUAUGAAUCAUUUGAAGAUAUGGGAAUUCGUACACGAAAGCUUGAAGGAAAGGGCAAUAAAUGCAUUAUUAUGUAAUUUACACAUGGUUCUAGAUACUUGUAACUUCGCUGUUAGGGUAUUGGUAGAUGUACUAAUAUUUCUUGCUAACCGUUAUGUUAAUU